AUGCUCAAGCGUAGUAGUCUCUUGUUGUCUGGUUAUUCAUCUAUUUGGAGAAGGCUCUACCACUCUCCAUCAUCACCACAUUCUAAUAUUUUUCUUUCCCAUAGUGAUCAAUAUUGUUGUAUCAGACGAUUUUCGACAAUGUUAAAGCCUAGCGAAAGACACGCCAAUUAUUUUCCAUAUGGGAACGAAAAUUUUGCGAGUAUCCGAAGAGAAAAACAGUUCUAUGUGGACAAGACCCAUCUAAUACCUUUUUUAGAAAGAACCGGUGACCUGCUAUUCUUUACUCGUCCUCCACGAUGGGGUAAAUCGUUACUGUUAUCAAUGCUAGACGCAUAUUAUAACAUCAAUAAGGCAGAUCAGUUCAGUGAGUUGUUUGAUGGCUUGUGGAUUGCCCACCCAAAAAACCAAACCGUUUUCAAAAAUCAAUUUCAUGUACUUAGGCUUAAUUUCUCAAUCACUAUUGAUUAUACUUCAAACAGCAUCAAGCGACCAUUAUAUGACGUCAUUAAUGGUGCAAUAUCCCAUUUUAUAAGGGAGAAUGGUUUAGAUGAUAAUAUAAUACAUCCAACUGAUGCUCUUAUAUCAUUCGACAAUCUGGUUUUUUACUGCCUAAGAAACAAGAUGAAACUAAUGCUUCUAGUCGAUGAAUCAGACAGAAUUGUACACAAAUUUAUGUUUGAAUUUCCUGAUAGGUAUACAGGAGACGCAAUACUUUCACCAAUUCGUUCAUUCUUUGAACGCAUCAAAAACGCAGAGAGUUGUGACUUUCGAGCUUUAGUUGUUGGUAUCACACCAUUUUUGCUUUUUGAUUUUCUUGGUUUUCCUUUUGCCAUAGAUAUUUCACACCUAUCACAGUUUCAAGACGUAGUUGGAUUUUCCAAAAAAGAUUUGCAAAAGGCUGUAGCUGAUAUAGGUAUUUCAAAUGAAGACCACAGACAUAACAUACUCUCAGUUAUGUAUAAGUAUUAUGCUGGCUAUUAUUUUCCAGGUUCAGUAGAGCCUCUUUUCCAUCCCCAACUUUCAUUUCAUUUUCUGCAACUACUGAUGCGACAUGAUGCUUUCCGACAUAAUGUUGUUCAAGGGAAGGAUGUUUCUAUUUAUGCCUUGAUAGACGAUAAUGUGAAAAUAGGCAAAAGUGUUUUUGACACUCUAUCAAGAAUUCCAAUUUUUAGACCAAUCGUUCAGCGGAGUACUUCGACAAACAUGGUGAAUUUCUUCAAUAGCUACCGUCAUGUUGGAACAUAUCCCAGUCCUAAAUACAUUCUUGACCCACCUACAAGCGCAGCCCAUCAAAAGGAAGUAUGGAAUUGUGUACUAACCUUUAUGUAUUAUCAUGGUAUGCUUACUUUAUUACCAUUUAAAGAAUUUGGUGAAAGUACACUAGUUGUUCCAAAUGAGGUAGUGAAGUAUCAAUAUUUGGAUCAGCUUCUUAAAAUUUUAGCUAUAGACGGAAGUAACAUUGAAAGAUUUAUGAAUUAUCCAAGCGAAGAUACACUGACAAAUUUGUUGUGGAGUAUUUUAGAACCAGUUUAUGAUGUCACAAUGCCAGAAGAUGGUCUGCAAGGAAGUUUUGAGGCUGCUCUAAGCGCUUACAACUCGAACUUAUUUAAAUUGACCUCAAACAGGGAAAAUACACAGAUUGGUGGAAUGAAACCACACCCUCACGGAUCAAGCCUUUUAAUUGAAACAGCACGUAGCGUAAUCAUUAUUGAAUUUACACGUCUUAAACCGAACUCAUUAGAGGAAUAUGAAAACUUCUCUCACUUUAUGACUCCAAAGGAAUUUAAGUUUGCAUUUAGGGAAUUGUUGAAUGCUGAUGAAAAACGUUUGCUCUCCAUGAAAGUCAUCUCGAAUACUUCGAUUAGCACUGCACCUGCUGAAACAGAAUCGUUUUCCUUUAAAGACACCAGAAACAACGAAACCACCACAACCGUAGAAAACAUUCUAAAUGAUGCUGCUGUUCGAGCUAGAGCACAAACACAACAUGAGUCAAACAAUGUGAAAAUCAAAGAAAAGUCCAUUCAUACCUUUGUUGUAGUACAAGUUGCAUGGCCUCUCAUUGUACGAAAACUCAUCUAA